AUAAAUCCAAGCAACCUGGGGUUUGCACUACCCCCAAGGAUUAUUGAUUGUUUUUUCCGCCGAGUGUUAAGGUCGACUAACAGCGCGUCGUCUAAUUUCAGCGCAAUGUUUUCCGCCUGCCAGUCGACAAUCCCACUGUUUUUACCAUUGAGCUUGAUGAUCGGUCAAGUUAUUUGUUUCCUGACAUCAAAAGAUCUCCUGGAGACGCCAAUUUACCACCAUGAAGCCAUCAUAUACGGAGUAGAUUGUAGAAAGUUUCUCAUUGAUUUAUCUGACAAAAUAUCGGUUUCGAUAGCCAAGAUAUACGAAAAUCCGCUCAGCUCGGCUUCGAUCUAUGACCUGGGACGUACAAUUUGCGGCCAUCGCACGGGCUCUGUUCAAAGCCUAAGUCAGCGGAAUAAAGCGGUCAAAGAAAAAGUCGACUACACCUCACUACGUGAGGCGCUGGAAAACGACGUGCAGAGGCCAUUGAAACAGUGUUUGGAGCAUGUACCCGUUGGUUUUACUGAUCGAGCUAGAAAGGAACUUUCUGAUCAAAUCGCUCUUCUCCGGAACAUCGUCGCGAAAGUUGUGCAAGAAAUUUCCGUCGACGUCAGCAAGGAUUUUUCGAGGAGGGCCGAUCGUGUUGGAAGAGGUAAUCAGGCAGUCCCACCUUUCUACAACGGACACACCGAAACUUUUGAGGGGAGUGUGCAUCGUGUUGGAAGAGGUGGUCAAGCGGCCUCAGACUUCUAUGUGGGAAUCGAAAAAGCCCUGGCAAUCUUGCAGAAUCCAAAAAGCAUCAAUCCUCUGUUACCAAGCAUAUCGGGCCGUCCUUCGACAAGAGUGGAACUUCACCAUUUGAAUGACAUUCUUGUAAAGGCUCUUAUCAUUUUUGAAAGACACGGCCUUACGAGUCAGAAGUGGCUUGAAGAAUUAUUGAACGAGAAAAAUGGAAAUCAAAUCAUAUUCAACUACCUCGCACGCAGGUUCCCAGUCUUUUCAUUUACUACAAGAGGCGUCCCCAUUGCUUAUUUGAACUCUGAUUUGAAGCUUACCCUUGAAGAGAGCCCCUUCACUGAAGAGCUCAGAGCGCUCACAAGUUAUUUUGAUCAUUCAGGCUGGCAAAAGCUAGAGCGCUUACAUCUGGGUAUCCAGUUGGCCACGUUCAAUGUUGGCUUUCCUACGGCGGCUUUGCAAGCCAAAUUCCUAGAACUCACAGGACCUGCCAUAUUGGAAACAAUCAGCAGAGAGAAAAUGGAUGAAGAGAUCGGCCUCUUCAUGCGGGACUUGAUCAAGCAAAUCGACUGGUUAUCCCUUGGCAUCAGAUCCCCCGACUCCAGAUCUAUCUUGAAGUUUAAGCUUUUACACAGUAUGUUGCACUUUACGAUCAAAUAUCUUAUCAAAGGAUCCCCGAACGAAAAGAAGAUACUUCAAGAUGUCCUGCCUUUGGAUUCAAAACUCAAGGAGUUUGAUGAAACAAUCAUGUUAUUCUCAGAUGUACUCAGAUUAGUCUAUUUCAAGUAUGGGGAAUCUCUACAAGAGAUUGAACCGAUUUACACACUGGAUAGAUCUCUCAAGGACGCAGUGGUGAAGGAGAUGAUAUUCUUGGCGGAUUUGAACAGGAGGAAUCUGCCUUCAUUAUUCUCUCUGAUUGAAAAAGACGGUAUCUCUGAUGUUGAUUUUUCUGGAGAAGCCGCUGGUUUCAUUGGAAUCGACCACCAUGGCUACAGGCUUGGCCAUCUAUUCAAACCGAAUCAGAAAAGUGACUUUUUACUCCCCAAUGAUGAUAGACCAAUUCGAAUCAUCCUUAACCAUCAUCCUCAGGUUGCCAAAUUUGGGCCAAUGAUUGAAAACAUCUUGGAACGUCUUCGAGUCAUCAAAGACGAUUUGCCACAUAAUCGACUGGAUAAACUGAAAGAAAUUCUUCUUCAUCCUGAGAAAUUUCGAAAUAUUAUUUAG